CAAUCGAAUCGAAACGAAGAGAAAGAGAGAGAGGAAAGCGAAGCGAAGCACAGCAGCGCGAAGAAAGGUCAAGGCAUCGUGGAGAAGAAGGAGAGGAAGAGGAAGAGGGGAUAAAAGUUUUGCUUGGAUUGGUUCUUGUUCUUGAGGCGUUUUUUCGCGUGGGAUGGAGAGGGAUUUUCUUGGCGCGAUUUGGAGGAAGGAGGAGGCGGCCGGCAAGCCGGAGGAGCAUUCAGUUUCUCGUGAUGCAGAUUAUCGAGGAGGAGGAGGAGGCGCGUCGGCGGCGAUGCAGUGGCAGUUUCCGGCGACCAAGGUCGGCGCCGCGUCGUCGGCGUUCAUGUCCUUCAGGUCGUCGGCGGCGGCGGCGAGGGAGGAGGACCCCAAGGAGGCGGCGGUGUUCGACCGCUUCUCCCUCUCCGGGUUCCGCCCGCCGCCGCGCCCGUCCCCCGGUGACGCCUUCGACGGCGCUGCCGCCAUGAAGCAGCGGCAGUUUGGAUUCAACGGCCGGCAGCAGUACGCCGCCGCGGCGCAGCACGGCCACCGGGAGCAGGGCGUGGACUCCUACGGCGUCGCGGCGCCGCACCAUUUCCCGUCGCCGUCGCCGUCGCCGCGCCACCCCGUGCCGUUCGGCCACGCGAACCCCAUGCUCCGGGUUCAUAGCCUCCCCAACGUCGCCGGCGGGAGCCCCUACAGGAACCAAUCCUUCUCCGUCGGCAACUCGGUGGCCGGCUCCACCGUCGGCGUCUACGGCGGCCCAAGGGACCUUCAAAAUCCGAAGGUGACACAGAUGACCAUAUUCUACGAUGGAUUGGUGAAUGUGUUCGACAACAUUCCGGUGGAGAAGGCUCAAGAACUUAUGCUUUUGGCAAGCAGGGCAUCCAUUCCGAGUCCACCGAGUGCAGCUCGUAAAUCAGAUUCGCCUAUUUCCGCUGCUGCGAAACUUACAGUGCCCGAGGCUUUGCCUGCAAGGCAGAUUGUAGUUCAGAAACCAGAGGCUUCUGUGCCUCUUGUAUCAGGGGUUUCGAAUCCGAUCACCAUCGUGUCGCAAGCUGUGACUCUCCCCAAGAGCUUUUCUAGCUCCAACGACUCUGCGGGGCCGAAAUCUGGAGGCCUACCGUUGGCUGUUACUCCUUUGAGCCAGGCAUCCCCGUCCCAGCCGAUUCCAGUAGCAACCACAAAUGCUUCGGCUAUCAUGCCAAGAGCUGUGCCUCAAGCUCGAAAAGCAUCUCUCGCCCGAUUCUUGGAGAAGCGAAAGGAAAGAGUGUCAAGUGUUGCGCCAUACCCAUCCUCAAAGAGUCCACUAGAGAGCAGUGACACCAUUGGCAGUCCCAGCACACCGAGCAAAUCAUCGUGCACGGACAUCACCCCUUCGACCAACAACUGCGAGGACUCACUGUGCUUAGGUCAGCCAAGGAACAUCAGCUUCAGCAGCCAGGAGCCCCCCAGCACAAAGUUACAGAUAUGAGACCUGGUGAUCAUUGUAUACCGAAGAUUCAGCUCAGCGAGAGUCGGCUGACCUUGAUGCCAGAUCGGACGCCUUCUUUCGCAUCCGUGUUAGGGUAUGAUGAGACAUAGGAAGAGAUCACUAGAUGCUGUUUCUAUCCUGGCUGCAAAAUCUUUCUUUGGCUAGAGCUGUUUAUAAGUGCUGAUCUAGCCACAGCCGCCGCCACUUAGUAGUACGAGAGCUGUGACAUUGCAGGUAAUUUCAGGCUGUUCUUGAUUAUUUUUGCCCUGAGCCAUAGCGGCAUUGGACUUGAGAGGAAAAGAAAUGCUGCUGAGUUGUAUAGGAUUACAGAUUCGGCGUAUGUAAUUUUGCUGUUUUUUGGUUCUAGCCUUAAACAUACAAAGCUAGCUUCAGAAUUCAAACAGAGUAUCCCUGAUGCCAAUAUGCCAUUGCCAUGGCCAUUUUUAUAUGUUCGGUACAUUUGUUGUUGCAUACUGUUUUGUGCAUACAGGCGAGAAUGCUUGUCAUUGUAA